AUGUCUUCAGACGACACCCCUAGAAGCAGUUUCAGCUUUAUGACUUGUAGUUUACCUACAAAAGGUGGUACAUUCAAUGUCGAUAAUUUGCUGAGUCGACUAGCGAACCUUCCGCCUACUUCUACAUCAAUUAUAUCGCUAGAACCUCGACCCACAGCAAAAUCGUCGUCAUCGGCUAGAAGAAAGCGGAAGCAGAAAGAUCCUGAUAUGAUCUCAUCAUCUUCUAUUCAAUCAUUCGAACAAGAGGAACCACCUUCGAUCAAAGUAGAGAAUGGUCUGGCUUCUACUUCACCUCAGUCAAUGAACAUUACUUCACCAACAACUUCGUCCGAAUCUUUUACGCAAAAGCUGAACUCAUUCCGUGAAACUGAGCAUCCAACUGUUGUAUCUCCUUCUGUGGGAGAAUCUCAGAAUAUUCAUGAUCUACUUCUACAUUCGCUUAUUGCCGAUAAUGGGAAUCUACCUUGGUAUCUGAAAUCACAAGAAGCUAUUCAACAGCUGUUUUCAAAGGUAAGAUAUGCCAGUCACUGUGCGAUCCAUAUUUCGAUGCACAAGCUAUGCUCCUCUCUUCUAUCCUAUCUAUCUGGCCUGACGAAACAUCGUUGA